AUGUUCUACCUGAAUGAAGUUGUGAAACAAAAAUGGACACCCUACGACUACGCGGCCAGCACAUUCUGGUGGAUAACCGGUUCUUUCGCCAUUCCACUAAAUUGUAUUUUGAUCUACCUGAUCAUGUUCAAAUCGCCAAAAAGUUUGCAACUUUAUAGCAUUUUCUUGAUUAAUACCACGUUGGGAGACUUGGUGUUUUCGAUUUCGUGUACGCUGGCGCAGAUUAGAAUAAUCCCCAACAAAUGGGCGUUCGCCUACAUCUCUCUUGGCCCCGCUGGCUGGAUAGGCGGUGCGCAAGGAGGCUAUUGGGCGUACUGUGUCAUGUUACAUUCCCUAUUUUAUAUGUUUUUGUGUUUUCCAAUAAGUUUCGGAUUUCGAUAUUGGAUUCUGAUUCGGCCGGCCCCAGAGCAGCGAAGUUGUAUCAUCAUGUGCUUUUGCUUAUGGCUAGUGGCAUUUGCGCAACAUAUCUGCUUCAUAUUCUCGGAGUCGCCGCCAGAUGAAAUCGUUGCAUACUUGAAACAAAACAAACCAUUCUACAAAGUAGAUCAUUUUUUCAUUUCCGGAAACCAUAUGAUCAACUCCCCGCUGACUUCCGUCACCUUGGCCACCAUCGUCCUUCCGAUGUUCCCAAUUUAUUGUUUGGUCAUUUUCUUCUACAAGAAAGUGCACAAUUAUUUGUUGCAUAAUAAAACCACAAUGAGUGAAGGUACCGAAAAAGGACAUCGCAAACUUAUCCAAGUGUUGACCAUCCAAGCGUCGGUGCCCAUAUUUUUUGUGUUCCCACCAAUCACCUUGUAUGGAUUAUACCAUUUGGAAUUUAUUGAUGUGACAGUGGCCGAGUACCUGGUGUACACUCUUUUCAGCGUGAUCCCCCUCAUCCAACCAAUCAUCACAAUGUACUACAUCAAACCUUACAAUCACGGAUUCCGUCGAAUCUUCUGCAGAUGGAUGAUCCGUCCAAUUCCGACAAAAUCUCUGACUACAGUAUACGGAGAGCGUGAGACACAUUACUCAUCGACGAGAUACGAUUGA